CAACCGCGGUCAUACUGAUAAUAUCGAACUAGAAGGAAAAAAUAUAUAAUUUAGUAAAGUAAUGUAAAACAUAAUUAAUUAGGAUGGGGGCUACAAUGGUAAAGCCUUUGGUGAAAAAUGGAAAUAUAUUAGAUGCCUUGCCAUCGCAGGGAACUCUCCAUGUAGUCAUGUUAGGCUUGGAUUCUGCAGGAAAAACAACAGCCCUAUACAGACUCAAGUUCGAUCAGUAUUUAAAUACAGUGCCGACCAUUGGAUUCAAUUGUGAAAAGGUUCAAGGUAACAUUGGCAAGGCGAAAGGAGUACAUUUUCUUGUUUGGGACGUUGGAGGACAAGAAAAGCUAAGACCACUUUGGCGGAGUUACACGCGCUGCACUGAUGGCAUUUUGUUCGUUAUUGAUUCAGUUGAUACAGAGCGAAUGGAAGAGGCAAAAAUGGAAUUAAUGCGAACAGCAAAAUGUCCAGAUAAUCAGGGUGUUCCCGUGCUUAUACUGGCAAAUAAGCAAGAUCUGCCCAAUGCUUGCGGUGCCAAAGAGCUGGAGAAACUUUUGGGUCUCAACGAGCUUCACAACUAUACAAUGCCGCCGAAUAUAUCAGUCAUAAACAGUUGUAGCUCAUCCAAUACGAGCAACUUGAUCAACGGCAGCUUGUCAAACCAAAGUAUAACCGAAAGUUCAUUAUCAGUUCACAUAAAACCUAAUCUUAACGAUCAAAGUGAUGAGAAAAAUACAGCUGCAUUUUUGCAAUACAACACACAUUCGUAUAAUGAUUCUUCGGGAGAAGAAUGUAAGAAAAAAUGUUUUAAAAAUAUUAAACACGAUCAUUUUAAUAGGACAGCUUCGAAUACCACGUUUCGAGGAUGGUACAUCCAACCAACUUGCGCCAUAACCGGCGAAGGUCUUCAAGAAGGCUUGGACGCACUAUACGACAUGAUUUUAAAGAGACGAAAAAUCAACAAAUCUCAUAAAAAGCGAAGGUAAUAGUUAAAGUGAAUCUGUUUAGACCGUGCCUGUCUCUGUCUGUCGAGUAAAUUCCAUUUUAUUUAGCACAAUUAAAUAAUAAAAAAAAAUA